CCUGACAGUGGUUUCCGUGGGAAUAGCGAAGCUUUUCCCCACCCUUCCAACUUGUCCCUCCUCCUCCUGAAGGUUAUGUCACCCGGCGGAACCGGGAUUGCUUCAGACUUCGGACGGCACCGCUGCCCUUUUACGCACGAUCUCCCUGUUUGCAUCCCGCUACGUGGGCGCACGGCUGCCGUCUCUGUCUCCGCGAUCCCUGCGUGCGGACAGAUGGAUGCGACAGCGGAGCGCACCAGCACCGGCUGCAGCGGCACACAUCCACUUAAAUAUCACAUGAGGACCCUUCUUUUCUAAUAAUAAAAAAAAACACCUGUCUUUUUUUUAACAUUUCCAAUGGAUAUUUACGCCUCUGCGUUGUCACCGGCGCUGGACAUCGGCGCGGGAUGCUACCUGCUGGUUUUAACUGUGUUCUCCAUUAUUGGAAACCUGCUAGUCCUCAUCAUGGCGUUCAGGAGGUCGUCCAGGAUGAAGCCACCGGAGCUGCUCAGCGUGAAUUUGGCGGUGACGGAUCUCGGAGCGGCCGUCACCAUGUACCCCCUGGCCGUUGCCUCUGCCUGGAGCCACCACUGGCUCGGCGGAGAUGUUUCCUGCAUUUACUACGGCCUGGCGGGCUUCUUCUUCGGCAUUGCCAGCAUCAUGAACCUCACCGUCUUGGCCAUCGUGCGCUUCGUUGUGUCCCUCAACCUGCACUCUCCAAGGGAGAAGAUCAGCUGGAAUAAAGUGAAGCUGCUGUGUCUGUGGACCUGGCUGUACGCUUUGAUCUGGGCUCUGUUUCCCAUUCUGGGCUGGGGCAGGUACGGGCCGGAGCCCUUUGGCCUGUCCUGCUCACUCGCCUGGGGACAAAUGAAACACGAGGGCUUCUCGUUUGUCAUCUCUUUGUUCUCCAUGAACCUGCUCAUGCCUUCUGUCAUCAUCAUUGGCUGCUACCUUGGCAUUGCUAUAAGGCUUUAUUUCACCUACAAGAAUUCGAUGAACAACAAGCACGUCCCCAACAUCGUCAAACUGCAUCGAAGGCUUCUAAUAAUCGCUGUUUUGAUCAGCAUAGGCUUCGUAGGCUGCUGGGCGCCCUACGGCUUGGUGAGCCUCUGGUCUGUUUUGAAUGACAGCAGCAAAAUCCCGCCCGAGGUCAGCCUGCUGCCCUGCAUGUUCGCGAAGAGCUCCACCGUCUACAACCCUCUGAUCUACUACUUCUUCAGCCAGAGUUUCAAAAGGGAGGUGAAGCAGCUGUCGUGGCUGUGCCUGGGCUCCAGUCCGUGCCAGGUCUCCAACAGCGUCAGCGAAAACAACAUCUACAUGGUUAGCGUUAACGCCAAGACGAAAGAAGUAGCGCAGGAGACCGUGCAGGAGAUCACGGAGUCAAAACAGUGACUUUGGGGGGAAGGAGUUGGGACGCGCGUCAAAAGUAAGACUGAGCUGAGUUGGCAACGCACGUCGUUUUUGGGAUAGAGAGUCAUCUUCUGCGUCGAUCACGGUCAGCAGGUUUCAGAUUUACGGUGCUUUUACAGCCCAAGAGCUGCAUGGGAGAGAACCUGAGGGGGGCGAAAGAAGCUGAAGUCCAAAGUCAAAUGUUGUACAGAAAAAUAUAAUACAAACCUGACGCAAACCACAGAGAAAGUGGAAAUGUUUACUUGAUGGACUUUAUUUUUAUCCUGUGAAGGGAUUGUGCUUCUGUGUGCAUUGUGUGUCUUGAACAAAGACCGUGCUGUGUCCUUGAAGGCCACACAGAUCCUAUCUGCAAACAGCAAUUAAUGCAAGAGCACAAGAUUGUAACGGAGCUGCUUUUAUUCUGUCUAAACUUGGUAUCAUUGUGUGUAAACGUACCCUUCGGAAUGUGAGUGGUGUUAUGUGGCUUUAAAGGCACAGUCUAAAACAGAUUUGUAAUAAAAGUUUUAACUAUACUUAAAAGUUAGAUUCUAUUUAGUCUUUACUCCCUUUUGGAAAGAGCUGAAGCUACUUCUGCAGAGCACAGUGUAAGAAGAACGGGAACAUGGAGGGCUCAGUGGGUUCUGCUGCAGUGUCAGUUUUUUUUUUUUAUCCCAAACUAUGCCAUGAUGGUCCAAACUGGUUUGGAAACAUCAGCGCUUACGGGUUACGUUUAUUGCGUUUGUUGCUUAAGUGAGGCUAGCUAUACGUGUAGGAAAUCAAAGACUCCAAAGAUGCAUUCUUGACGUCUCUUUCUAGUUACAACUUUUCCGGCUGUGCUGACGGCAUACUGUCCAAUACGCAGGCGAAACACAGAAAAUACCUGUUCAGAUGACUGUAGUUGACAGAAAAGUGGAUGCAUUUAAUGAAUCACUGGGUCUUUGGUGCCUGGACGGAGAAGCUUCUAGUGUAACUGGAAGCAUCUGGGCUCAUCGAACAAUGUCUUUGCAUGUUGACGCUGUUAAAGUCGUGUAUGAUUUACCUACUAACUGUAAGAGCAUGCUUUCUCAGUCUUAUUGUUACUUUUAAGACUCUAAAUGUUUUUUUCUGCACUACUAACAGAUCGGGAACUGAAGAGGAUUGCUUUAGUACCGUUUAAUUGUCCAUUUAAUUUACUCAACAUGCUGAGAAUCUUUGAGUCUGUUGCUAUCUCCAAUCUGACCACUAGAUGUCAACAACUGUGACACGCUACACCUUUAAAUGGUACAGCUUUUUCUUUCUCUUACCUGUGUGGGUAUAUCUCAUCUUUUUUCACUCUCCUUAUCAAGCCAAAAGGGUUUUUGGUUUGAACAGACUGAACAAUGUUUUUGCACAGAAACCAGAUAAGCACAUUGAUGAGCAGGUUUACAUGUGUUACAGGUGCUUUUGAUAAAGUGUCACUCUUGAGUUUUCAUUUUCUAGAUUCCCCCCCCCUGUGUUAAUUAUUGCCACUAUCUGGCCUAGCAAUAUUGUGAUAAAAUGCCUCUCAAAAAUAUGUAUGCUCCUUGAACCUUUUCACAUUUCAUCACACAACAACCACAACUCUCUACUUUGUUGAGAUUUAAUUCCAUAGACAAACACAUAUUAGAGCGUAAUUGUAAAGUGGAAGGAAAACACUGAAAGGUUUUUCCAUAUAGAAAUGUGAAGAAUUUGGUGUAUAUAGUCAUAUUCAAAAACUUAGAAUAUUUAAAAAAGUACAUUUAUUUCAUUGACUCAAUUCACCACACAAGACGGAUUAUAUAAAUUGAUUACACAUUUGCUGAUGUUUUCAAGCCUUUAAUGUAAUUGUGAGGGUUUUUUUCACUUAUAAUUACUGAAAACACAACAUUUAAGAUUAAAAUAUGACAUCAGAUCAAUAAGAAAAAAGACAUUUUUGAUACAGAACUGUGGGCUUAAUGAAAAGUAAGUUUAACACCUGCUUAAAGAUGAUUUUUAAAAGGUCUUUUAGAUCUGACAAAUGAGCCUCAUUGAGAAGCAUAUUCUAAUUUAUUGAAUAUGACUGCAUAUGUUUUCAGCCCUUGUGAGUCAAAACUUUUACUGCAGUUUUGUAGGUUAUGUCUGGACUUUGACUAGGCCUUUCUAGCACAUGGACAGGCUUUGAUCGUCCCAUUGUAGCAGUGGCUGUACGUUUAGGCUGUCCAUUUGGAAGGAGAAUCUAUUUUGCAGCAUCAAACAGGUUUCGUACCUUGGCUGCUUUAUAUUUAGCUCCAUCCAUCUUCCCAUUCACUUUGGCCCGCUUCCCUCCUCUUAGUAAAGAAAAGCAUCCCAGCAGCAUGAUUCUGCCAUCAUCAUUUUUCUCCAUUUUGGUCUCAUCUGUCCAGUGGACCUUCCUCAAUAUUUAUGAGUAUCAGAGUAAAGGGUGCUGACUACAAAUGUGUUCCAAACAUUUCUUAUUUUUAGACUAAUGGAAAAGAUUUUGAGAAUCCCGUAUUAUUUUCUCUGUUCUUCAAAUUUUUGCACUACUUGGCUUUGGUCUAACACAUAAAACCCCCAAAAGACAUACUUUAGUUUGUUGCUGUAAUGUGGCAAAAUAUGGAAAGGGUUGAGCGGUGUGAAUGCUUUUGCAGGCCACUGUAUAAUUACGAGUGAUGAUAUAAACAUGCUAUAUUACUUACAAUUAAAACUCACUUUGACCAAAUAAAGGCUAGCAAACAAUCGGCAUGUAUUUUGUUUAUAAAGCAGGUGAAUCAACAGGUGAAUCAACAGGAUUUUCACUUGGUUAUUUAUUGUACAUUUUAAUAAUUGCUAUGAUACCCAACCAUGCCAGCUUACCGAGUCUCCUCAGUUUUUACCACUUGUACUGAAACCCAUAUUGCAUUGCAGGAGACUUUAAAC